GUGGGCCACUGCCGGCGUAUUGCCAGCGCGAGAAAGUGCCACGACUCCACACAGACAUCGACUGACUCCUCAAGCUGGGAAUAAGAUUUUUUUUUGUUUUUUUGUUUUGUUUGUUUUUUGCUGGCGUGGUAAGGCACGAGAUAAUCAUUUCUGUUUAAACUCUUCCUGAAGUUAUUCAUCCAACGGAAAUCUGCCGCGAGAGGAGAAAGGACACUAGCAGUCAUGGACAUCUAUGACCCUCAGACCCUUGGAAUAGUGGUGUUUGGUGGCUUCAUGGUGUUCUCAGCUAUUGGGAUUGCACUGGUCUCAACAUUUUCCAUGAAGGAGACAUCCUACGAAGAAGCUAUAGCCAAGCAGCGGAAGGAGCAAGGGAAGACCCAAUCUAAUCAACGAUCAGACAAAAAGAAAAAGGACAAGGCAGCAGAGAAGAAAAUUCGUGGUAAGAAAAAGGAUGAUAAGCCCAACGGGAAGCUCCUGGUGUCAGAGACCACCCCUGAGGUCACAGAAGUACUAGCCGAGCCCAGUCCUCUAAUUCUUCCAGCCCCUGAACAAGUUGCUGCACCAGCACCUAAACAAGAUGCCCCAGCUCGGUCCCCCCAACCCAACUUUUCUCAACCCGCUCCACCAGCCCAGAAGUCAGCUCCUCCUGCCCAAAAGUCUUCUCCAGCUCCUCCUGCUCAGAAGUCCUCUCCAGCUCCUCCUGCCCAGAAAUCCUCUCCAGCUCCUCCUGCUCAGAAGUCCUCUCCAGCUCCUCCUGCCCAGAAAUCCUCUCCAGCUCCUCCUGCUCAGAAAACCUCUCAAGCUCCUCCUGUCCAGAAAACUUCUCAAGCUCCUCCUGCCCAGAAAACCUCUCAAGCUCCUCCUGCUCAGAAACCCUCUCAAGCUCCUCCUGCCCAGAAACCCUCUCCAGCUCCUCCUGCUCAGAAACCCUCUCCAGCUCCUCCUGCUCAGAAACCCUCUCCAGCUCCUCCUGCCCAGAAACCCUCUCCAGCUCCUCCUUCCCAGAAACCCUCUCCAGCUCCUCCUGCCCAGAAACCCUCUCCAGCUCCUCCUGCCCAGAAACCCUCUCCAGCUCCUCCUGCUCAGACACCCUCUCCAGCUCCUCCUGCUCAGAAACCCUCUCCAGCUCCUCCUGCCCAGAAACCCUCUCAAGCUCCUCCUCAGAAACCCUCUCAAGUUCCUCCUGCCCAGAAAUCCACUUCACCUGCCCCAGCCCAAAAGUCCGUUCCAGCUGCCCCUUCACAGAAGUCUGCUUCAAAUGCUCCAGCCCAGAAAGCUGCCCCACCUGUCCCCGCACAAAAAUCUGCACAAGCCCAAAAGGCUGUUGCAAAUGCUCCAGCUCAGAAAUCCUCUCUACCUGCACCAUCCCAGAAGUCUGCUUCAAAUUCUCCAGCCCUGAAAUCUUCUCCACCGGCCCAGAAUGCUGCUCCACCCACCCAAGCCCAGAAAUCCACUCCACCUGAACAAAAACCCAGUACACCUGCCCCGGCCCCUUCCCAAAAGGCUGCUACAGGUGCUACUGCAUCCCAUCCUACUCCUGAAGAUGCCCAACCUGCCCCAUCUCCUAAGGAGAAGAGAAAAAGGAAAGUCAAAGCAGAGUCUGCUUCUGCUGAGGUUCAGCCCAAAUCAGUGGCUCCAUUGGAGAUGGUUACCAAAAAGGUUCCUGUUAUGGCAGUGCCUCCAGUGGGCACUCCAAAAGCUGCUGCAGUGACUGCUUUGCCGGCCAAAGCAGAAGAGCCCAAACAGGAUGCUCCACCCAAGAAGAAAGCAGGAUCCAAGAAAAAGGCAGAGCCAGCGAUGGCUGCAGACCCCGCAGACAGCCCACUGUUCCUGCCCUAUAAGUCUCUGCUUUCCACGGUGAGGAGUAUGGAGUUCACUGAAGUAGAGGCCCAGAAGCUCAUUGAGAUUCUGUCUGAUAAGACUGGAAUUAUUCAAGACACGUGGCACAAGGCAACACAGAAGGGUGAUCCUGUGGUUGUGCUGAAGAAACAGCUGGAGGAACGAGACAAGCAGCUGGCAGCUGAGCAGGAGGACUCAGCAGCUGCUAAAAGCAGACUGAGGGAUUUGAGUAAAGAGCUGUCUGUGGAGAAGUCAAAGGUGGCAUCUGUAGAGACCAGGUUGAGCUCUCAGCUGAGCAAGCGAGAGCAGGACAUUAUCGCCCUGCAAGCACGCAUGCAGGCCAGUUAUCAAGACCACCUCGCUGAGUCUCAGCAGCUCAAUGCCAAAAUCUCGGCUCUCCAGGACCAGUUAGAGAAAGGCCCUAAUGCUCAGCUGGCCCGUCUACAGCAAGAGAACUCCAUCCUCAGAGAUGCGCUUAACCAAGCCACCAGUCAGACGGAGAGCAAACAAAAUGCUGAAUUGGCCAAACUGCAUCAGGACAGCAUUCGGCUCAAUAAGGAACUGGUAGAGAAGAAUGAUGCCUUGCAGGCUGAAGAACAACUCAGGAAAAAUCUGGAGUCUAAAGCUGCCACAGCUGAGAAACAAUUGACCCAGCUGCAGGCGAACUGGAUAAGCAGCGAACAGGCCCUGCAGAAGCAUCUGGAGGAAGUGAGUGAGGAGCUCAGACAGACCCAGAGCAGCAGAAACAGCUUUCAGACACAGCUUGAGCAGAAAGACACCACUGCUCACGCAGAGGCUCAAGCUCGUGUGGCCAGUGUGGAGGCGGAAUUGAAAGAGCGGAGCGAACAGUUGGAGAGUCUGCAAAGCCAGCUGAAACAUAUGCAGGCAGAGAGAGAGCAGCAACUAGAGGCGAGCCAGAACAAAGAACAAAACCACAAUUCAGAGGCUUUCAUGGCUGAACUGGAGCAAGCAAAGAGCAGCCUGAAAGAGAAAGAAAGUAGAGUUUCAACUCUUGAAGAAGAGCUGACCCACCUCAAAAACACCAUCGCCAAUCAGAUGGAUAACACAACAGAGAUGCAGCAACUGCAGCACAGCAUAAAAGAAAAGGAUGAGCAAAUAGCAACUCUUCAGGGAGAACUCCAACAGGUUAAAGAAAAAAGUUCAGACCUCAACACACUUGAAAACACAGAAAUGCUGGAAAAGCUACAAAACAGUUUGAAAGAAAAAGAGUCUCAGGUGGUUUCGUUUGAAGAAAAGAUAAGGCAGUGUAAAGAACAGUACAACACUAAACUGGAAGACAGCACAGCCAAACUGGAGUCACUACAUAAAAGUCUAUCUGAAAAAGAGAGCCUUGUGACAUCACUACAACAGGAAGUGCAGCUGCUCAAUGAACUAAAUCAGUCACAAGGCAAGAGUUACGAGAGUUUGGAGGGCAUGCUGAAAUCUUUUCAGGCCGAGACCAAAGAAGUUCUUCACUCUCUUUUUCCACAAAUCAACAUAGAGACAGCACAGACCAAAUGGCUUCAGGACUUUGCUGUGAAUGUACAAGAGGUGCUAAACCAGAAGCAACAGAGCCAAGAAUCCCAGCUAAGCACAGAGAUGGAGGAGUUAAUGGGGAAACUACAGGCAGCCCAGGAGAGUCAGUGCACACUACAGUCUGAGUGUGAACAGUACAGGAGCGUACUGGCUGAGACGGAGGGGAUGCUGAAAACACUUCAGAAGAGUGUAGAGGAGGAGGAGACGGUGUGGAGGACCCAGAUAAUUGAGUCAGAGGACAAACGGAAGAUGCUGGAGGAGAAAGUGUUGCUGCUUGAGGCCCAGGUGGAGAAACAGCAGUCAGCUUCCACUGACAGCCAGAGCCAAUCUGAAGAGAUGACGCACUUGAAGCAGGUUUUAGCAGAAUCUGAAAGACAGCUGAGUGUGGCCAUGAUGGAGGCACACAAACAGAGGGAGGAACUUUCACAGGUCAGGCAGCAACUGAGUGACGUGACAAAGCGAGCUCAGGGAGUGGUGGAGAAUGGGCAGCCUGAAGCAGAGGAGUGUCAGGUCCAGGCUCAGCUGGAACAGACAUUGGAAAAACUGCAGGGUGAACAGACUCUAAACCAGCAGCUCUCUGCAGAAGUGGAGCAGGCUCAGGAGGCCCUCAAAAGACAGCUUCAGAGCCAUCUAGAACAGAUGAAGGCAGCUGAAGACACUGCAGUCAUGGGUGAUGUUGUUCAGCUGAAGGAGUGUCUAGAGAAGGAGCGAAAGAUGACCAAAGAUUUGGGCCAGGCAGCCACCAAACUCCAGCAGCUUCUGAGAAACAGUCAGGACCAACUUGCUAAAGAGAAAGAGAAAGUCAUAACCCUGCAGGAUCAAUUGCAAGACAAGGAGGGUGAUGGAGAGCUGAAGCAAGGCACUUCUGUUUGAGGUGGAAAACAAAAAUUGUUUGCCAAAAAUUGCCUUA